CCCUACGGCCCAACUCACCUUACCUUACCUUCCUGACCUUGGUCACUUGACCCCGCGACGACACGUCAAGUCCCCCGCCAACCACGUGCGAUUCUCUCUCAUCCUUCCAACUCCCAACUGUCACUACCGAAAGAAAGAGAAGAAACACAACAGCCUGGAGUGAACAAAAAUGUCGCUCUUUGGCAACUUUGACGUCGCGAAGCUGGCAUCACAGCUGGGCAACUUCAAGAUCCCCGACGACCCAGAGAUCAUCAACCAAGGCCACCAGGACUACGGGUACAGCAACUACGGUUCCCACAGCCAAGGCUACGAUGGCAGACCACCCGCGGGAUAUGCCGGUGGUCCGCAGAAUGGCGCCGAGGAGUACAAGCGCGAGCACCCCGCCGCCUUCGGCUCCAGUGACCCCACGCGCUCCGCCUACUCCGACCCCGUCUCCGAGGGAAGUGCCAUGUCGUCCGUCGCCGCUGGCGUAGCUGCCAGCGCCGCCGCGGGUGCUUACGGUACCGCACCGCAGUAUCCCACCCCGCAUCCCGGUAGGUAUGGUGAUUCCACUUCAUCUAGCCCGUAUCCUCAGCAGCAGCAACAACAGCAAAGCUAUGGACGGCCUCCUUCGCCGGGCUAUGGAAGGCCCCCUUCACCUAGCUACGGAAGACCGCUUUCGCCGCGACUGCCAGAGGGAUGGGUCAAGCGGUUUGACGACAAUAGCAGACGAUGGUACUACGUCAAUCAAGCAACUGGCUCUUCUCAGUGGGAGGCUCCUCCGCCACCGUCGGCCAUGUCUCCCCCGCCAAUGUCGCCACCAGGCCAUGGAGGGUAUGGGGAAUCAUCUCGAUAUGGAGGACACUCGCCACAGCCGGGAUACUCGCCUCAACCUGGCUAUGGGGGACAUUCACCACAGCCCGGAUACGGCGGCCCGCCGCCUCAACCGGGAUAUGGCGGACCCUCUCCACAACCUGGGUACGGAGGUCACUCUCCACAGCCCGGAUACGGAGUUUAUGCGGGCAGUGCCGCUGCGGCAGCUGCGGGAGCCGGAGCUGGGUACUAUGCAGGACAGCAAUACGGACAGAGCCAGCCCCAUGGGGGGUACGAGCAGCCUCAACAGUACGGCCAACAGCCACCACAGCAAUACGGCCAGCCCUACGGACAGCAGUCUCAACAGCAGUAUGGACAGCAGUAUGAACAGGGAUACGGCAGCGAAGAGAAGAAGAAAAAGAAGAAGAGCGGGAACAGCAACAUGUUCCUCGGCGUUGCUGGUGGCCUCGCGGUGGGUGCGCUGGGAGGCGCGCUUAUCGCCAAUGUUUUGGACUCCGAUUCAGACUCUGAUCAUCACGAGCACCACUACGAGCGUCGUUCUUCGUCUGGGUCCUCGGACCAUUAUCGCGGUCGUGAUGAUAGCGAUCGGGGGUCUGAUAGGGGGGAUUAUGAGGAGGGCGGCGACUACUAUGAUGAUUAGGUUGAUCAAGUACCUCCGUCCGGGCCUCAACCGUCCCUGGAGGAAGACGAUGAGCAAGAGGUUCAAGAGCAGACUUACAGGGGUCCAGAGGAGUAUCGGGACGAUGGCGACGUCGAUCAUCUCGUGCACACCACCGGGUAUGGCGAGGUUGUUUAUGAUGAUAUGCAGAGCGCUGAAGAUGCCGGCAUCGACGUCGACCGUGGUAUAAUGCACACCACCGGCUAUGGCGAGGUUGUCUAUGAUGAUGAGCCGGGCGCUGACGAGGUUCGGAACGACGACAGCUAUGCUGGUAACACUUUUGACGACGGAUAUGGUGAUGGUGGCAUUUACGACGAUGAUUAUGGCGGCGAUGACUAUGGCGACGACUAUUAUGAUGAUUAGGUUGGUCGAGGAUGGAUCUUGACUGAGAGCUGCCUUCCAUCUAGAAGAAUCCUG